UUUCCCACCCAUGUCUUUGUGGGCGGGGAGUCCUGGGCGACUGCAGGUAAGAGCUGGGGUCUGACAGUACCAGAGGGAGAGGACUCCACUCUACAGACCUCGGAACACCUCGGAGGGGCCAUCUGUCUCCUCCCCGAGCAUCAGCCGGUCUGCUUCUAAAUGUGGAGAAACCUGAAUAUCACCUGUUCAUCCGAAGAUCUACAAGCGGAGAGCAGAGGAGACUGUUUGAAGAUGGGGCUCCACCCCCUUUCUCCCUCUACGUGAGGGGAGCCAACUUACCAGACACUGGAUAUCACCAGUUCAAGAAACAGCCAAAGCCAGUCAAUCACACUCUACUCCGAUUCCAAGUCCGGGGACUUGUCCAAAGGGGAUCAUCCUCCCUGUUCCUCAGCACCAUCACCAUGAGCGCCACCUUCUCACACCCCUUCGUAGACCAGCGGCCCACAUACCUGGACAGAGGCACCAGCCUUCCAUAUGGACUGUCUCCCUCUAGUGGUCACUCUGAGAACCGCACCCACUCCCACCACCUCCACUCGGACCCGAUGUCCCACACCGUGCCGUUCCUCUUCUACCCGACCGCCAUGGACCCGGGAGGCCUGUACGACGCCUCGUUCGGGGGCCACGGAAGCCCCACUCUGCUCCCCUACCUGUCUCCUUUCCACCACGGCCGCUUCGGGGUCUACGAGUGCCCCUUCGAGCCGGCGUUCAUCCAGAAGAGGAACGAGCGGGAGCGUCAGCGGGUGAAGUGCGUGAACCAGGGCUACGCCAAGCUGAGGGACCACCUGCCGGGAUGCGCCAGCGAGAAGAGGCUCAGCAAGGUGGAGACACUGAGGGCGGCCAUUCGGUACAUUAAAUACCUGCAGGGGCUGGUGGAGGGGAAGGGGAGGGAGGGCCGUGAGGCGGGACAGGCGUGCCACAUUUCCAAUUCUGCUCCCUGUAGGACAGAGGACUCGGGCAACAGCGACGGGGGAUCGCCGCACUCCCUCUCCGACUCCCCUUCGUCCCCGGGGGCAGACUGUGGGGAGACGGAGGGCCCUGGCACCUAGAGGAUCAUGGGUGGGGUGGUUUGUGACUGCGGAUGGACACAAUGUGAAAUGAGGUUAAGAGAUCCCCGUCUCUGUGCUGACUGAAACGUUCCAACCCUGAGCAGGGGGAUGUAUAGAGCAACGCAAGAGUCUCUCCUUAAUACUGGGCUGUGCAACGGCCGUUGGUCUGGGUUUGUGCAAAUUCAAAUGCUGUACGAAACAUCUUUUGAAAAUCGUAUCUUGUCACGGCAUAGUCACUUUUGAUGUAACACAUCAACGUCAAUUCAAUGGGUUGUCAGUGUUCACUGUACUUCGGAAUGAGAAACCGAUCGUUGUAGCGACAAGUUACUGUUCUGUAAUAAAACAAUGUAGUUCACCAA